GCUUUGGCUUCGUGGCAACGGCAGUGCGCGUUGGCCUCGCCGCGGUCGAGCCAGACGUGUCGGGCGCUGCAUGCAAUAACCGCAGGGCGACGUGGAAGAAAACCGUGUUGUGGAACGAACCGUGUAUGCAUGUCGCCCCGCGGCCAUCGUCCGUGCUUCGCGAUACGUAGUGCGCCAAGCUCCGGCUCGUCCUGUACUUGCUCUUCCGGGAGUCGUGCGUGAAUGAGGCGACAGGGAUCAACGUCAGCAGCGACCCCAUCGACCUGGCGGCGGCCAUGCAUUACGGCAGCACCAGCAACGCCCCGCCCUCGGCGUCUCGCUUCUGGUUCGGCAACGACGAGUCCGUGCUCGAGCGUCUGCGGCAGGCUCGUGAGGAGUACCCGGACCACGACCCCAAGGAGGUGGCGGCCGCCAUAGUGACCCUCUGCUUGAACCACAUUCUCUUCACGCUCGUGGUCCUGGCAACCUUCCUGGUUCCUGCUGCUUCGCUGAUAAUAGGUGCGCUGACCGUCCACGAGUGUCCGCACCAGCCCAUGGUUCCGGUGCUGCUGGUGCUCAGCGGCGUGCUGGCUCUCGCCAACGGCAUCGGCAACGUGGUCGUCCGUUCGGGACGCCUCCACCCGGCCAACUGCAGCGACCAGCAGGAAACCGCCGAACGCAAGUUCCUCGUCCUGGGCGCCGUCACGGCACUGCUCAACGUGGCGUUGUUCGCCGUCUUCAUCGCUGGCUGUGUUUACGUGUACGGCAGCCUUUGGCCAUCACGAGACCGUGCGAGUGCCGACUACUGUUCACCGACGGCCUUCUACUUUGCCUUCUGGCUGCACACCGGCAUGUUCAUCUUUCUGGCACUCCUGUUCGUCAUCGGUCUACUGGGAAUGCUGUCCAGGUGCCGCUGAGCUGCGCCAGCUCAUCGUCGUGGUUGAAUGCGAACGGGACUCGCAACUGUCAGCAACGUCACCUGUGCAUUGCUCACAUCUACAUGCGGCUGCACGACUGUACAUACUAUCAUCAUAUGUGCGCUAGUGUGCUUUCAGAUGUCACAAUAAAUUCGUGUCAAGAGGCACAUUUGAGGAGGGUCA